UCUCCCGCACUAACUGUUACUGCUGUGACGUCAGCAAGCCGCAAGUGAACGAAGGAACCAACGGAGGAGAGAUCGAGCCCUUACCGGAUCUACCGGGAGGCAGCAGAGCUACAGAGCGAGUCCCCGCAGCGCGCCCCGGAGGAGCCGAACGGAGGAAACGGUCCGCUGUGCGCCAGCCGCAGGAAGAAGCACCAAGCGAUGCGAGCGCAGCCCACCGCCGCCCAGUAACCAGCCGAACCAGCGCCGAGGAGACCCGAAGGGACGGAGGUUUCCACCGUCAGGAGAACGCCACGAAAACGGACACGAAGCCAGCUGCGGUGGCUCCACCGUGCUCGCUUCCUUUCUUCUGGAUCACACCGACAGGAUCGCCGAUUUAAUGCGCUAACGGAGCGUCUGCGUCCGGCUUGAGAGAGAAAGAGGGAUCUGCCCAGAGAGAACCAGGGGAUCGAAGGCAGAGCUCAGAAAAGGUGGAAAUAUUCACAAUUCAAAGGAUCUGCAGUCAGAUUUGAUAUUUUCCCCUCCUCUCUGAUAUAAACCCGCUGGUCUGGUGCGUUUUCGUUGCGUGGAUCCUGGUACCGGUAACGCCAUCAAGCUGUGUUCUCUAACCAUGGGAUGUACGCUGAGCGCAGAGGAGAGGGCGGCUCUGGACCGGAGCAAAGCCAUCGAGAAGAACCUGAAGGAGGACGGGCUGACUGCGGCCAAAGAUGUCAAACUGCUGCUGCUCGGGGCUGGAGAGUCAGGGAAAAGCACCAUCGUCAAACAAAUGAAGAUCAUCCAUGAGGACGGUUUUUCUGGUGAUGAUGUAAAGCAGUACAAGCCUGUCGUUUACAGCAACACCAUCCAAUCUCUGGCUGCCAUCGUCCGCGCCAUGGAUACGCUGGGCCUGGAGUACGGAGACAAAGAGCGCAAGGCGGACGCUAAGAUGGUGUGUGACGUCGUCAGUCGUAUGGAAGACACAGAGCCGUACUCUGCUGAGCUGCUGGGCGCCAUGAUGCGCCUGUGGGCCGACUCGGGCAUCCAGGAGUGCUUCAGCCGCGCCCGGGAGUACCAGCUCAACGACUCGGCGCAGUAGUACGUCCAUGUUUCUAAAUCUGUUCAUGUAGAGUUCUACAAAUCAGACGUUAGAGACUCACUGAGGUUUGGUUUAAGGUUUGUUGAUACGAGUUUCUUCUUUACUUGUGAGCGCUUUUUGGGUGAUGUUUUACUUCCUGUGGUUGCCUUCUUCUGAAACAGUGAUUUUGAUUGGUUAUUCUCCUGUAAGAACUUUGAGCAAGCUGGAACCCCUCCUCACCUGUGGUGGCGCUGUAUCAACAGCCUCUGAAGAAAACGGCACUAAAACCUCUGAGGAAGUCAGAGGAUUGAGCACAACUUUCUUGUUCAUGAAGUGUAAACAAAAAUAGAGUGGUUUCAGAUUUUAGAGGUCUAUGAAAUCUCUUUUGUCUUUGGUAAAA